CCCGAAUCCAAAUAUUGAGAACGCGGGUAAAAGCCUGAAUUCUUAUAACUACUUCUGGAACGUUCUUGAACCUCAUGAAAUCUCGUCUUCCCGAAACACAUCCCAAAGCUAUAUCAAGCCUCUCAGAUAUUUUCUCUGGAACCCAUCCUGAUUCUCGACCCUACCAUUUUACCGACUCCUGAAAUUCACAUAUCACCCCCAUUUCACGAACUUCUGUACAUGUUGUCAAGUUCUGAGAAGAGUGGCGGAUAUGGAGACUGGCGGGAAGUUUUCACCUUCUUAUUAUACCAUUCUUGGUGUUAGUGAAGGCUCUUCUGAUGAAGAAUUGCGCCGGGCCUAUAGAAAGCUCGCUAUGCAAUGGCAUCCUGAUAAGUGGACGAGGAACCCUUCGUUGUUAGGAGAAGCCAAGUUGCGGUUUCAGCAGAUUCAAGAAGCCUAUGCCGUUUUAUCUGACCCGAGUAGAAGAACCUUGUAUGAUGCUGGCUUGUAUGAUCCCCGCGAAGAUGAUGAUGAUGAUGAAGUUGAGGGAUUUGCAAAUUUUCUACAAGAAAUGGUUACUCUAAUGGGUGAUGCUCAGAAGGAGGGUAAGAGUUACAGCAUUGAGGAGAUUCAAAGCAUGUUUGGUGAGAUGGCUAAAGGAUAUGAUGUUCCUGAAUGGUCCAAUCCACCACUGCACCCAGCUAGCUCUCCAGUCCACUCUUCUGAGUUGUUUUUGGGGACCAUGACUUCAAGCAUGGCUGGACAGAGUAAAACCUUUUCUUGCUGAUGAGCGCCUUGAGAGCAGAAAAAGUUAAGUGUUUUUUCAUUUUGCUCUCAUAUUCUAUCUGUGAUAUAUAUACCUUUAGUUUUCCUUCAGAGAGUCCACUGCUCUUGUAUACACCUGCUUUGUGUGAAAUUCCAAAAGCCGAAAAAAUGGAGAUAGAUGUUUAGCAGAGCCCAGAUUGUGGUCGUGUUGUUUGUGUUUAAAUUUGCAGGAAGGAAAGCAGGCUGGGCACAUAAGCAUGGUUCGGCAGUUCGCCUAUUGAGUUGUUCCAAUCACCAAACUGAUGGAUUUGUAGUCACAAAGCGAUGCGUGGCAAUCUUAUAGGAGGUGUGUAGGUUGUGUGAAGUUCAUCAUAUUGGUACAACCAACCAUCACCAUGUUUUUAUGGUUUCUAAUGUCAGUCAUGAUGUAUUAGUUCUCAUGUAAUAGAGAGUUGGUGCUAAUAAUGUUGAUCUGAACAAUAGAAACUAGAAAGUGUUGUCACUCAUUAGAUGCCUAUGGAUAGAGAUACCUAUGGAUAGAGACACCUAUAGUUGAUCUGAACUUUUGAAUAAUAAAGCCGGUGUUUUAUGUGUACUUAGUCUCAAAACAUGGUAUAGGCUUUAUAACCAACCUCA